CACAAGGACUUCAGUCUGUUCUUUUACUGCAGACAUCAUGUCUCCACCAGUCAGAUCAGAAGACCCAGAGAAUCCAAAGGCUUCCCUUCCAAGAUGCCGCUUUCUGGACUAUUGCCUUGUCAUCUCUUUGGUUCUGCUCACUAUGGUGGUGGGGUCACUUUGCACAUUAUAUGUGGCUUGGGAGAGACCGCAAUUCGAAUCCAUUGUUAGUGCACAGAUCCAGAUGAACCAGGAGAGAAGGAACACUCAACUGGUGGUAGAUAACGUUCAGCUGAUAAACACUACUUUGGAAUGGAGUAGGAGCGGGGUGACCAGCACUUUUGUGAACCAAGAUUUUGAACUUGACAAACAGGAACUUGUGGUUAAAAGAACUGGUUACUACUUCGUCUUCUCCCAGAUAACUUUGAAAUGUGUUGAUUCUAAUCAAUGCCAAGAGGAGGCGUCAGUGUCCCUCUCCGUUCUGAAAAACAUUGAAAAAGAGCCGAUCUUGAAGGUAAACGUUUCUAUCGACAAGUCUACGAUGGUGAACAUGAUGCCCCAACCAUCUUCUUUCUCUGGAAGCAUCAGACUUUUGAAGUCAGGUGACAGGAUAAGGGCACAACUCUGGACUAGUCAGACAAUCAAUGACUGGCAGUUUGAUACAGAAUAUAGUGUCCUAGGACUUUCUUGGAUCAGUGAUACUGUCCCCGUGGCCUUUCAAGAACAAUAAGUGACCAAUAUUGGCCAAAUAUAAGACUUAUCAAUGAGAAAAUAAGGAAAAAUGCACUACUGGACAUUGUGCAUGUGACGGCCACAUGUACAAUUAUCAAAGUUUGGGUUACAGAUUUGGGAUGCAUUAUUGGUGUUCGAAAGAAAGCCUUUGUAUCUUUUUGGACUUUAAAAAAAACAAAACAUUUUUAUAUCACUAUGUGAUAUGUCAUGGGAUUAACAGCGCUAUCUUGUAUCUUGUUAUAAGAACCUUAUUACACUUCACAGGUUUUUAUUAUUUUUUACUUUGCUUAGAAUAUGUUGUAAAAUGUGUUCUCCAAAAAUGCUGCUCUAUAUUCCCGAAGAGGUGAUGGACGCUCAAAAUGCAAGUCAACAAUCAGCCAAAUAGUCUGCUCCAUUAGCUUGAUCUCAUUAGCUUUAUCUCAUCAUUUUCAUCAUUUAUCAGACCAACCCAUGAUGCUACCCUCCCUGCUGCCAUGUUGAAAUAACACACCUGAUACAUUGUGAGAAGAUCCAGCAUCUUAUAGACCUUUGGGUGGUUCUUGACUUUUGUCUCACAGUAUUAGCUGUAUUCCUAGAGCUUCUUCAAGCAAAGCCUUUAAGGGAAUGCUAUGAUAAUAUCCAUUGUCAAGUAUGGUAGGAUUGGAUUGUAUUGUUAAUACCUAUUUUUAUACUUGUAUAUUUUGUAUAUUUA